AUGGCGCGGGAGAAGCUGGUGGCGGCGGCGGCGGCGCAGCCGCUGGCGCCCGUGUCGGGCCGCGUCCAGCUGCAGGUCUUCUACCACGACGAGCGCCGCGAGCUGGUCGUGUCGGUGCUCGCCGCAGACGACCUGCCCCCGCGCGACGACACCGGGUUCGGCACGCUGCCCGAGGCCUUCCUCAAGCUGCGCCUGCUGCCCGCCACGAACGAGCAACACGUCGUCAAGUCGAGCGUGGCAGAGCCGACGCAAAACCCAAUCUGGAACGCAACCUUCGACUUUCCCAACGUGCCGGGUGAGGACCUGAUGGAGCGCAGUCUGGAGGUCACCCUCUGGGACUUCUGCCCUGACCGUGACAGCGUCUUCCUCGGCGAGUGCUCGGUGGAGCUGCAGAAGGCGUUCCUGGAGGACCGCCCGGUGUGGUACCGCCUGGAGGAUCCCCGCAACCUGCGCGCCGCGGGCGGCAAAUCACCGCAGGUGUCGCCACGUGGGUCCCUGGCCGGCGAGCUGGCCCAGCGGCUGCUGCGCAGGACAGACUUCCAGCAGAGGUCCUUCUCUGAUGACAAGGAGAGCGACGAGCGGUCCGGGGGUUCCCCCGAGCCGAGCCUGCUGCACCCGGACCACGCGUGGCUGCUGGGCUCGGCGUGCAGCUCGCGGCGCGGCUCCAGCCAGUCUGAGCAGCUCGAGGUGGAGACCUACCAGCUGGGCAGGGACUUCUCGCGCUCGCUGCCCGGCUCCAGGAGGUCGUCCUUCCAGUCGCAGCAGGGCGACGCAGCCAAGGGCAAUAUGGCCGACCCGGAUAUCCCACCUGUUGCGUACAACAAAGAGCGGCGCCGCAGCAGCUGCACGCGCCACAUGCGCGACCCGGAUGAGAUCCUGCGGAGCCUGAAGGCCGUCAAGGGAGAGCUGGCGCUCGGACGCGCCAUGAGCUUCAGCGAGAAGGCGCGACGCCCGUACGUAGAGUGUGUAGAGAUGGCCGCCAAGUCCGCAGGGAUGCCGGCGAGUGGUAAGGCGGGAGUGUUUCUGCCGCCAGGGUGCAGCGUGGACAACGCCUCGUUGUCUAGGCCGCGCGGCGAGCACGCCAGGGCGCAGCUGUACCAGAGGAGCCAGCUUGUCAGGGGCAGCAGGCGGGAGUCGAUGGUGGUGGGCGAGCUGCCGGCGCAGCUGCCCCAGGCGUCCGCGGGCAGCCCCUCGGACGAGGAGGACCGCUGGGGCGUGGUGGACCUGCAGCUGGGCCCCGGGCAGAUCCAGCCGCGCGGCUACCGCCUCACGUCGGCGCGCUACGGCGAGGUCUACCUGGGCCUGCUGAUGACCAAGGGCCAGCUGGAGGUCGAGGUAGUCAGCGCCCGCAACUUCUGCAGCGAGGACCGCGAGAACCCACCAGACACCUACGUGAAGACGUACCUGCGGGACGGCGAGCGGUGGCUGCAGAAGCGCAAGACGCGCGUGGUGCGGCACAGCCUCGAGCCGCAGUUCCGGCAGACGCUGCGUUACAGCGCGUGCGACGUGCUGGGCCGCGCGCUGCUCGUCAUGCUGUGGGAGCGCCAGCCCGGCUUCGAGCACAACGUGGGCCGCGGCGGCGCCGAGGUGGCGCUCGACAAGCUCACGCUGACGCAGCCCACGCACGCCUGGUACCCGCUCUUCCCGCUGCACUCGCUCGGCUCUGACUCCAACGACUCCCCAUGA